CGUGACGGACUCAGCCGCCUCGAGCAGCAGACACCGAGGCACCGACAGACCGGAGGACGCUGCUCUCUUACACGGAGCGCUGCCGGUGUUUCUCAUAAAACUUCUGCUGCUCUAUUGCAAACGACAAGUAUGUCCACCUCUCGUAUCAUCAUAUGCUUACUAAGGAACGACCUACGUCUACACGACAAUGAGCUUUUCCACUGGGCUCAAAGAAAUGCAGAGUACAUUGUCCCACUGUACUGCUUUGACCCCAGACAUUAUGUGGGAACGUACAACUACGACCUACCAAAGACCGGGCCUUUCCGCCUGCGCUUCUUACUGGAGAGCAUCAGGGACCUCAGAAACACGUUGCUCAACAAGGGCAGCAACCUUGUGGUAAGACGGGGUAAGCCAGAGGAGGUGGUUGCCGACCUCAUCAAGCAGCUAGGCUCUGUCAGCACUGUGGCCUUCCAUGAAGAGGUGACUUCGGAAGAACUGAAUGUCGAGAAACGAGUGAAGGAUGUCUGUGCACAGAUGAAGGUCAAAGUUCACACCUGCUGGGGGUCCACACUGUACCACAGAGAUGAUCUUCCAUUUAACCACAUAUCCAGGCUGCCCGAUGUGUACACUCAGUUCAGGAAGGCAGUGGAGACCCAGAGCAGGGUGAGGCCUGUCUUCCCAACGCCAGAGCAGCUAAAGCCUCUCCCCCAAGGGCUGGAGGAAGGAGCCAUUCCCACAGCAGAGGACCUGCAACAGACAGAGCCUGUGACUGAUCCUCGCUCAGCCUUCCCCUGCAGUGGUGGUGAAAGUCAGGCUCUGGCCAGACUCAAACACUAUUUCUGGGACACUGAUGCAGUUGCGACUUACAAGGAGACUCGUAAUGGCUUGAUUGGUGUGGAUUAUUCCACUAAAUUUGCACCUUGGCUGGCGAUGGGUUGCAUUUCACCCAAGUAUAUUUAUCAUCAGAUCAAGCAGUAUGAGAGGGAGCGAACAGCCAAUCAGAGCACAUACUGGGUCAUUUUUGAACUUUUGUGGAGGGAUUACUUCAAAUUUGUAGCUGUCAAGUAUGGAAACAGACUGUUUCAGGUCAAAGGUCUUCAAGAUAAAUCGAUUCCAUGGAAAAAGGACACAAAGCUUUUCAAUUCCUGGAAAGAGGGCCGAACAGGAGUGCCCUUUGUGGAUGCCAACAUGAGAGAGUUGGCAAUGACAGGCUUCAUGUCCAACAGGGGGCGGCAAAAUGUUGCUAGCUUCCUCACAAAAGACCUGGGUCUGGAUUGGAGGAUGGGAGCUGAGUGGUUUGAGUGUCUUCUUAUUGACCACGAUGUCUGUAGCAACUAUGGCAACUGGCUGUACAGUGCCGGAGUAGGAAAUGACCCCAGAGAGAACAGGAAGUUCAACAUGAUCAAGCAAGGCCUCGACUAUGACAGUAAUGGUGACUAUGUACGGCGGUGGGUUCCUGAACUGCAGGGGAUCAAGGGAGCUGACGUGCACACGCCGUGGGCCCUCAGCACUGCUGCGCUGUCACAUGCUCAAGUGUCCCUCGGUGAGACCUACCCCACCCCCAUCGUCACAGCGCCUGAAUGGAGCAGACACGUUAACAAGAAAGCGAGUGGAACGGGGCCUUCACCAAGAGGAAAGAAAGGCCCAUCUCACACUCCCAAACAACAUCGGGACAGAGGCAUAGAUUUCUAUUUCUCCAGAAGCAAAAACCUGUGAUCUGUGAACGAAUGCUCAGACACUCCAGUGAUGCAAACUUGGACAACUGUUGCUGAAAAACCUGUGUUGCACACUGUCAUGCUGAUUGAGGAAAGCUGAUUUGAGGAAAUGGACAGCCCUGCCUACGCUUGAAAACUUGAACUUGCCUGAGCUAUAUUUACAUGCCAUCAGUUCUCUAGAAAAAUAGGCCUCAUGAGAUACCUUUCAUGGACUCAUUUCUCUUCCUGUUAAGCUGCAGCAACAUUGAAAGCCACACGGUGUUUUUUAGUGUUAAUGCAGUGAAUCAGUUACAAUGAUGUUUUUGUGCAGAUUCUGUUUGGAUAUGCAGUUGUCAUUUUUUUAAUGCAUUUUCAGAGUUUGCCUGUUUGUGGCAGUUACAAAAUAAAAUUGGCAAAAUGAAAGAGUUUUUGUUCAGUAAUUUUGUUGUCCGUUGCAGCAAGUGACACCUUUUUAAGCUGUAGACUGAAUCUUGAAGUCUUGGUAUCAGUUUUCUAUUAGAUAUGAUCAAAGGAAGGAGGUAGAGCUGUAAGAUAUCAUUGGACAGUAGACAAGAAAGAGGAACAGACACCCAUAUCUGUUUUCACCAACAUUUUCCCAUGGUGCCUACUGCUGCAAGCCAUUUUACUAAAAAAAAAAAAAACCUGAUUCCAAGAAAGUUGUGACACUGUGUACAACAAAU